AUGAAUGACAAAAAACCUAAAUGGUGGACGCCUUUCUUUUUAGGACGCAAGAUCUCCUUUGCAUUUUUGAUCGCAUACAUUGCCCUUAUUAGUACACUUGCAGCUCUUUAUCAGUUCUCAAACACGCAUAAAGGCAUUGCAACUGCGGAUCCGAAGCAAUAUCUCCUCUGGCAGUAUGGCCCAACCGCCAUCUUUACCAUCGUCGCGGCAUUCUGGGGUCAGGUCGAAUACAGAGUCAAGCAACUUAUGCCUUGGAAGACAAUGUCUAACCCUCGAGGCUCUAAACCGGCAGAUCAGACCCUACUCCUGGAUUUUGUGUCUCCUCUUAACGUUAUUUCUUUCGUGAGAGCAUUGAGGUCCCGUAAAACAACCGCAGUAGCAAUUGUCAUUGGUGGAGGCUUCGUACUGAAGCUGACGACAAUCUUAACCACUGGAUUGUUUAUCUUGCGGUCCACGAUAAUGGAACACACUGUAGCAGACAUGAUGGCAUCCAUUUUCUUCGUUGGUAUCGAUCCAAGCGAUUUUCACUCAGUAAUCGUUGAUCGCCGCGCUUUCUCCAGACUCUACGGAAUUCAAAAAUUUAGCCUGCCGUAUCCCCGCGGAACGACGUCGUGCUACGCCUACCCAAAUUUUAAUGCAUCCAAAGUGCCCGACUCAACUUUGCACUUGUCCGGCCACGUCGACGUGUUUCACUCCAACUUGGACUGCGAGUCACUGUCACUCCAGCACGCAGAAGGCACUCACGUAGCCACGGGGACUAAUCUAAGCCUUAGCUUUUUCUCUGAAUCGUGCGGACAAGUCGACUUGCGGGCCACUUAUUCCCCCCAAGGGUUCUUUCUCAAAUGGAACGUCUUUGAGCCGGAAGAUAUGGGCUGUGCGGAUGACGACACGCGACUGGUUACGACUUUCGGCAAAACAACUGCGGAUAAUACAUCAGGGAUCAUUCCUUUGCAUUUGGUAAAUCACUCGACGAUUCUAUGUCGAUGGAGCUACGGAAUAUCCCCUGGUCUGGUGACGGUGAGGCCGAACUCGACAGCCGUCGAGACAGUAAACAUUGAAGUGACGCCAGGCACCAGUCCUUCACACCUACCGGGAAUUCCACCUGGGAAUCUUCUCAAGGCGAUACACAACAGUUGGACGAGCUGGCGGGGAGAUACGUCAAUAGACGACCUGACCUACAGUACCAUUUUGGUAAUGACUGGAGUGACUGGGGAGGCAAUGGCAAAGGAUGCCACCACUUUUGCCAAUGCGGUAAACACAGUUUUUCAAGCAUUCGCCGCUCAGCUGGCCAAUAUUCACUUCACAAAGCCAACCAAACAACCCAUUAAUGGAACAAUAACGUACAAAGAGAGUCGCCUCGUCAUACGGCCGCUGCCAUUUGGUAGCCCCGAGGAACUGCCUCUCACGGGAUCCGGGUUUAGAGGGUACAGCGGCCAUCCUCGCUCGCCCGACGUCACAAGCGCACUGCACGGUACAGGAUCUUCUCAUCUCAUGGCCAUUAGGGAAAAGCUUCUUGGAUACGACUUCACGACAUUAACGAGCCAUACUGCUUCCGGUGUUGAGUUCAGCAUUGAAAAAUCAGCUUUAGUGGUUGAUGAGGAGAAAGAGCAAGGAAAGACCGUUCAAGCAAAUGAAGAAUGUAAUAUGGGGAAGAUCAAGUGGUAUCGUCCGGUGACCGUCGCUCUCCCAACGCAGUUCGCCGUUGUUCUGGUCCCGCUGGGUUUAAUCGUUUUGCUUGAAACUCUUUACCAGCAGAGCCAAAAGAAUAACGGCAUUUACAACGUCUCAUCAAGCGAAUAUAUCCACUACGCCUAUACUUACGACCCGACCACGAUUCUGGUCAUUGCCGGAUUACUUUUCUCAGGCCUGGAUUCGUCAGUCAAAAUGUUCCAACCGUACCAGUUGUUACGCCGGGGCGGUGCAUUGGCUAAAGACACACUGGGAGGAGAUUACAUGGGCAAAUUGGGAAUGUACUGCAUCUGGAGCUCUAUUUGGCGGAGACAUCUCGCUGUCGCAGCGUCCUCAGUAAGGAUGUUAUUCGUACCACUUCUCACCAUUGCCGCGAGUGGAAUGUUCUUCGUUGAUUCGCUACCACGAAGCUACGGCAUCCCAUUGUCCACUUUGGAACCUGUAAACACGAGCUUCCUCGCACAGAACAGCGUGGGCUGGGACAUGGCAAACCUCGUCCUGGGCGAAGGUCUUGGUCAGCCUCUUUUUACCUAUGAUACGUUGGUUUUCCCCCUGCUGGAAGUACCUUCUGGCACUCAGGAAGGCUCAAUUACCGCUCGUAUUCCUGCUUUUCGCGCCCAGUCCAACUGCUCAGCAAGCAUCGCGUCAAACGUUUCAGUGUCCAACACAGGCCGCAUUGCUUUCAACGUCGGUCUCCCUGAGCUUUGCAGCCUGGAUAAUCCUGGAAUCCAGCUCUUCAGUAACAGUACUGAUAGCUUCUACUUCGGCGAGUGGAUCGAUCUGGCUGCUGCCUCUGACCCGCUUUGCCCCAGCAAUGUUGCUGUUUUUGGCCACACUGCCCAUGGUGCAGUUACAAAUCUCAGCAUUCUCGUCUGCACGCCUUAUCUGGAGACAGUCGACGUCGAUAUAGUCCUCGACUCAGCGGACCUCUUAUUCAACCUUACAAGAGCCCCGCCAAAGCCUGUUGAAUCCACGGCCGUUUACGUGCAAAACUUGACGUCGCUGAGAGAUAUUGCAAAGAAAUUGUACAAUGGCUGGUUCACGACACGCCGAGACUCAGGACCCUGGCGCAUCAACGAUACUAUUGCCGACGGUUUCUUCUUCACGCUUCUCAAUGAUGCAGCUCCUGCUGACCUUGUUGCCAACGACACCAACUACACACCGCUACGCGUUGCCGUGGAUCGAACAUACGGGCGUGCCAUGGCUCAAGUUAUGAAUACGCAGCGUGCACAGGGGCCAAGCGGAGCAAUAGAGGCGACUCUAACCGUGCCGGACCGCGUUCGCCUUAAACAAGGCCCUAUCUCUACACGCAUCCUCGAGGCUUUCCUGGCUGUCUUGUCGCUCUGCGCGAUGCUGGCUUAUGCCGCGCUUGACACGAAGCAGGUGCUCCCUAACAACCCGUGCAGUAUUGCAGCCGUGGCUAGCUUGCUGGCAGGCUCUAGCAUUCUCGAUACUUGUUUCCCACCCGGCUCAGAGUGGCAGAGAGAUGGUCUUGGAAAGAACAUGACAUUUCGACUGGGGUGGUGGCCUCACGGGAGGUUUGGAUUGGACAUUGAAACAGUAGAGGAAAAGAAAGAGGAGUCGUAACAGUAACAG